GCCAUUAACAGCGAAACAUAUAAUAGACGAAGAAGAAAAAAAACCACCAAACUUUCAAAACGCCCCAAAAAAAAAAAAAGAAAAAAAACAAGAACGCCAUUUCCAACACAUACACAUGCUCAUCACAACAAUCCCUCAUCUUCUUCCUCGUCUCUUCUCCGAUUGCCAAUGCGAAUACCUACUCCUCUCUUCUUCUUCUGCUUCUGCUCCCUUCUUCUAAGUCCGACCAGUCCCGCCGGCGCGGAGUUCGACGGCGACUACUCGAAGCUUUCGGGAAUCAUCAUCCCCGGCUUCGCCUCCACUCAGCUCCGCGCAUGGUCGAUCCUCGACUGCCCCUACUCUCCCCUCGAUUUCAACCCUCUCGAUUUGGUCUGGCUCGACACCACCAAACUUCUUUCUGCAGUCAACUGUUGGCUAAAGUGCAUGGUGUUAGACCCUUACAAUCAAACUGAUCACCCCGAGUGCAAAUCGCGGCCUGAUAGCGGUCUUUCGGCAAUCACAGAGCUUGAUCCAGGCUAUAUAACAGGUCCUCUUUCUUCAGUGUGGAAAGAGUGGAUUAAGUGGUGUAUUGAGUUUGGUGUUGAGGCUAAUGCAAUUAUUGCUGUUCCAUAUGAUUGGAGACUCUCACCAUCAAAGCUUGAGGAGCGAGACCUCUACUUUCACAAGCUAAAGUUGACAUUUGAAACUGCAUUAAAACUCCGUGGAGGCCCCUCAUUAGUAUUUGCUCAUUCAUUGGGAAAUAAUGUAUUCCUGUACUUCUUGGAAUGGUUAAAGCUGGAAAUUGCACCAAAACAUUACAACGAAUGGCUGGACGAACAUAUUCAUGCCUAUUUUGCUGUUGGAGCUCCUCUUCUUGGUGCGCCUGAUACAGUUAAAGCGACACUUUCUGGAUCAACAUUUGGUCUUCCUCUUUCUGAGGGGACAACUCGACUGUUGUUCAAUUCAUUUGCUUCUUCACUAUGGAUGAUGCCAUUUUCAAAGUAUUGUAGGGCAGAUAACACAUACUCGAAGCAUUUCUCUUGGAGUAGCAAGAAGGGUCGUCACACAUAUUACUGUGAUGAGCAAGAAUCUCGAUUAAAUUUCUCUGGGUGGCCAACAAAUAUAAUCAAUAUUGAAGUUCCAUCAAAUAAUGGAUUUGAUGCCUAUCCAUCAAUUACUGAAAUCGCUCAGAGUAAUGUUUCCAACAUGGAAUGCGGACUUCCAACUCAGUUAUCAUUCUCUGCUCGAGAAAUAUCAGAUGGAACCUUUUUUAAAGCAAUAGAGGAUUAUGAUCCAGACAGUAAGAGGGUGUUGUAUCAAUUACAGAAGUCAUAUCAUGAAGAUCCAGUUUUAAACCCACUUACACCUUGGGAGAGACCACCUAUAAGAAACGUCUUUUGCAUCUAUGGCACUGAUUUGAAGACUGAGGUCGGCUACUAUUUUGCACCAAGUGGCAAGCCUUAUCCGGAUAAUUGGAUCGUUACAGAUGUGAUUUAUGAGAUUGAAGGAACGCUGACCUCAAGGUCUGGGAAUCUUAUUGAAGGAAAUCCAGGAGUUGUUAGUGGGGAUGAAACGGUACCAUAUCAUUCUCUUUCUUGGUGCAAGAGUUGGCUUGGACCAAAAGUGAACAUAACAAGGGCACCUCAGUCAGAGCAUGAUGGGUCUGAUGUACAAGUGGAACUGAAUGUAGAACAUAACCAUGAUGAAGACAUCUUUCCCAACAUGACCCGGACACCUAGAGUCAAGUACAUUACCUUCUAUGAAGAUGCUGCAAGUAUUCCUGGAAAGAGGACAGCUGUGUGGGAGCUUGAUAAAACAAAUCAUAGGAACAUCGUUAGAUCCCCUGUCCUAAUGCGGGAGUUAUGGCUUCAGCUGUGGCACGAUAUCCAUCCAAAGGCAACCUCAAAAUUUGUUACAAAAGCCAAGCGUGGUCCUCUGAGGGAUGACAAUUGCUACUGGGAUUAUGGAAAAGCUCGGUGUGCUUGGCCCGAAUACUGUGAAUACAGAUACGUUUUUGGAGAUGUACAUUUAGGACAGAGUUGUAGGUUGAAGAAUUCUUCAGCUAAAAUGCUCUUGAAUUACUUGUAGAUUAGAAGGUUCUUGGAAUCUUUGGCCAAUGUUUGUCUUAUUCCUGGCAUCUAAGCUCUACCCAUCUGCAGAAAAGUGCAUCCCACGAAUGCUGAGCAACAUUUGCACAUUAUUGUCUUCUUCGAGUUCAUCUGGAAGUAUAUGUAAUAAUUCGAUGCUCAUAAGAAGGAAUGCUAGAUUAUAUUCUUUACGGAAUUUUUAGUGCGAAGUAUAGUAUCAGCAAUUGAGCAUUAACUAACCACGCGAUCAUCAUAGGAAGCAUUCACCUAUGCCAUUUUUUCCAUGUAGAAAAACAUGAUAUUACUCUUGCUAAUCCCAUUGAUUUGUGAUUAGAAAUUUUGAAGCCCUUUUAAGGUAAUUGAUGACAGACGUCGAGCAUUAAGUGGUUCUGCGUUAUCUUUGU